AUGGACGAUGGAUUACUACGCUCACUCUUGUCAGAAAAACUUGCAAUCGCAGUACCAUUACCAUCUCGUAGUUCCAUAUACAGAGUCCCAGAAACACUACGAAGGCACAAUGAAAUGGCCCCAAAUCUGGUUUCAAUUGGGCCAUUUCACCAUGGAAGAGCGCGUUUGCAAGCCAUGGAAGGAAUGAAACUAUGGUAUUUGAAAUGCCUUCUUGAUAAACUAACUCCAGGCAAGGAUUUGGCGUACCUUAUCUGUGCAAUUAGAGAGCAAGAAAAUUUCUGUCGUGAUUGCUACGACAGAAAUUUUGAUGAUCUGUCUAGUGAUGAAUUUGUAGAAAUGAUGCUCGUUGAUGGCUGCUUUAUUAUUGAACUUCUCCGCAAACAGGUCCUCCUUUCUCCCUUGGAAAAUGAUGAUGCUAUUUUCAGGACGCCAAGGAUGUUGUCGACAAUUACAAAUGAUUUGUUGCUAGUUGAAAACCAACUCCCUUGGAGGGUUCUUGACUGCUUAUUCGAGGUCACAAGGGUAGAUGAUGAUGACCGUAGAAUGUCAUCUCUACAUGAACUUGCUUACCAUGUCUUUCAGAACCCCACAUUUGAAAGUAGAACGUAUCCAAACCUCAGCAUAGAAUUCGGAAGUAGCCAUUUACUCGAGACUGUAAGAAAUUUUUUGGUCAAAUCAAACGUGGAAGUUUGGAAUAAGGAUAUGGAAUAUCGAACUCCGAUUCCUUCCGUGUCAGAGCUUCUAGAAAUUGGAGUCAAAUUUGUGGCUGCCUCAUCCAACAAGGGUCAGCUCCACAUUACCUUUCAAAAUGGAGAGAUGGAGAUUCCACAAUAA